GAGGCGGCGGCGCGCAGUGCCUACUAGCAAUUGUAGUCCUUGCCCCACCUUUGCCUCCCGACGAUCCCGCCCCUGGAACUACGCUCCCGUCGUGCUCCGCGGCGCCAGGCGGAGACGAGGCGGAGUGGGGUGGGUUGGGCCGGGCCGGUUGCUAAGACUUGGCGAAGCGCUGCGCUCGCGCCCGGAUCCCUCAGUCGGCCUUGCUGAGGAUGGAGCCCGCCCCGGGCCUCGUGGAGCAGCCCAAGUGCUUGGAGGCCGGGAGCCCGGAGCCUGAGCCGGCGCCGUGGCAGGCCCUCCCUGUCCUGUCCGAGAAGCAGUCAGGGGACGUGGAGCUGGUGCUGGCCUACGCCGCGCCCGUCCUGGACAAGCGCCAGACCUCACGCCUCCUGAAGGAGGUGUCGGCCCUGCACCCGCUCCCCGCCCAGCCUCACCUCAAGCGGGUGCGGCCCAGCCGCGAUGCCGGCAGCCCCCACGCCCUGGAGAUGCUGCUUUGCCUGGCUGGGCCGGCCUCGGGCCCGCGCUCGCUGGCUGAGCUCCUGCCACGGCCGGCUGUGGACCCCCGCGGCCUGGGGCAACCCUUCCUGGUGCCCGUGCCCGCCCGGCCGCCUCUGACCAGGGGCCAGUUCGAGGAGGCCCGGGCCCACUGGCCCACGUCCUUCCACGAGGACAAGCAGGUGACCAGCGCCCUGGCUGGGCGGCUCUUCUCCACGCAGGAGCGCGCCGCCAUGCAGAGCCACAUGGAGCGGGCGGUGUGGGCGGCCCGGCGGGCAGCAGCGCGGGGCUUGCGGGCCGUGGGGGCUGUGGUAGUGGACCCGGCCUCGGACCGCGUGCUGGCCACCGGCCACGACUGCAGCUGCGCGGACAACCCCCUCCUGCACGCCGUCAUGGUGUGCGUGGACCUCGUGGCGCGCGGCCAGGGCCGCGGCACCUACGACUUCAGACCCUUCCCCGCCUGCUCCUUUGCCCCGGCCGCUGCCCCCCAGGCCGUCCGCGCAGGCGCCGUGCGUAAACUGGACGCAGACGAGGACGGCCUCCCCUACCUGUGCACCGGCUACGACCUGUACGUGACCCGCGAGCCCUGCGCCAUGUGCGCCAUGGCCCUGGUGCACGCACGCAUCCUGCGCGUCUUCUACGGUGCGCCCUCGCCCGAUGGCGCCCUGGGCACCCGCUUCCGCAUCCAUGCACGGCCCGACCUCAACCACCGCUUCCAGGUGUUCCGCGGGGUGCUGGAGGAGCAGUGCCGCUGGCUGGACCCCGACACGUAGGCGCCGCCCUCCUGCCUCCGGACCCUUCCCGCUCCCGGCCGUGGGGCGCCCCUCCUGGACUUCCGGGCCUCGAUUUCUUCCACACAAGCCUGUCCGUGGAUUUCAGGGACACAUACCGCCUCCAGCGGGGACCACGGGUGCUGCCUUCCGUGCGGAUCGAGCUUUCCUGGACUUGGUCAUUGGGGCCACCCCGUGCCUGCGGUGCCCUUCUGCGGGUGCCCUUGCUGCCUUUGUGUCCCCUCUGUCUCGCGGGCCAGGAAACUGCUCUGAUGGGAAAAUAAACAGCCCAAAACCAAGUGGGUGUCUGUUAGGAGGUGUGUGCCUUUGUGGCCAGGGUCCCGAGUGGGGUGGGGUCUGUACAGGGCCUGGUGGCUCAGCGGGAGGGGACCUGCUGAGCCACGUGUGGUCAGAGACCUGGGCUGAUUCUGGGGUAGAGCAAGGCCCCCAGCUGCUGCCUCCUUGCCCGCUUCUGGAGUCCUGAUGGUUCCAGGCUUGCCUGGCCCAAGUGUGUGGACACUAGGCGUAGUCCACAGGCCACCGACCCUAAGGAGGGGCCUUGGGAUUUAGUGUUCUUCACAAGUGGCAACAGGGGACCCCAAAGGCCUGAUGCUAGUCGGUCACAGCACAGUGAGGACUAGAGCCGUUUUUACAGAACUUGGAGCAGGACCUGUGGGUCCACCCGGCAAGCGUCCAUUGCCUGACCAUGUGGGUGCAGCUUAGCCCCCAGACACGCCUGCUGUGAGCCCCCAGCCCGUAGGGGAGGGGAUCCGGCAGGUGGGGGCUCUGCGUGGGGAGCUCAUGCAGUGGACAGAACACCACUGCUGGCCAGGAGCCCGCCAGGCCUGCAGUGGGGGAGUCCGUGCGUGGGGGUGGCACUGAGGUGGGCUGGAGGGUCCCUGAUGGGGCCAGAGCCACAGCGUGGAGUGAGGAGGUGGGAGCCGCAGAGGCGUGCCCAGUUGAGUGGUAGAGGCAGCGUUUGGGCCUCCUUCAUGCUCAGGUGCUCAGCUCCUUCCCCUGAGGGGCAGGAAGUCAGGGAGGAGGGAGUGAGAGGUGGGAGGCGUCAGGCGGGCGGAGGGGAGGAUGUCCUGUCCCAAGAACCAGGGGUGCCCCACCCCACGGUGACGUGUCCCUGAACGGGUUGUGAGUGGAGGGCUCAGUUCCUGGGAACCGCCUCACCUGGACUGUGGGCGGGAGGCAGCUCCUGGCCCCGUGCCCGCCCCCUCGGGCCUGUUCCCCUGCCAGGAUCUGGGACGGUUCACACCCCACUGGUCUGUGAUGCCCAAUGGGCAGCAGGCAUGCCCCUGCUGGGCUGGCCCACCUCCCGAUGGCAGGUCCGCCCCCAGGAUCACGGAAGCAGCUAGAUCCACUCAGUCGUGGGUGGAUGGCAGGCAGGGUGGGGCUGCUCUGGUGCGUGAGCUCAUGGGGUUCCCUUUCAGAACGGCCAGGGUGCCAUGCGGGUGCCAUGGGGUCCUAGGCCCUGCAACGUUCACCUUGUGGCGCCCACCCGUUGUGGGCUGAAGCCGGGAUUUGGGGGACGCAGGGGCCUAGGACAGCGGGGAAGAGGCGUCCUGGCUGGGGCGGUGGGUGGGAGGGGCUGCGGCCAGCCCUGCCCAUUUUGCCAGCAUGGGUGGUGUGCACUGGAGCCGAGGGGAGGGGGACCUGUGGGGUAACACAUUGGGUCGAGUCAGGCCUGUGGCUCCCGCUUAGCCACUGCUGUGUCCAGAGCAUAGGGCACGAUGAAGGGCUUUUCAGCCACGGUGGGUGGGUGGUUAGCGCUCUGCCCAGGGCGGCUCAGGGUUCCCUGACUGUGAUUGUCUUCCUUCCAGGCAGCUGCAGGCUUCAGCCUGCGCUGGUCGGUGAAACAGAGAUGUCAG